AUGGGAUUUCUCACUUCACACUACAACAACAACUAUAAUAACUCUUACCCUUCUCAUCAAUCUCUUCAAACCUUCGACAACUCCGAAACCAUCACUUUCCAACAUCAUCAUGAACAUCAACAACAACAACACCAACAAAACUAUGACUUUUCGUCUUCCUUUCUAGAUGAAACCUUGUUUUUUCCGAGUCCUUGUAAUUUUUACACAAACGAGGAUAAUAAUUAUUAUUAUCCUUGUGAAGAUCAACUAAUCAUUGACUCAACUUUCUCUUGUGAUCAAAACGAUGGUUUCGUUUCAAUGAACGACAUUUUCCCAAACGAGGAAAAUCUCAACAACUAUGUUAACAAUCUUCCAUGUCCGAAACGACAGAAGCUAGGUUAUGAAGAAACAUUAACAAACCAUCAACAACAACAGGAGCUUUUGAACUCAGCCAAUUAUUUUGUGGAUGAGUUUAUAGCGAACCCUUUUAGUACUACUACUUUAUUCGAACCGGAAGCGGAACCGGAAGCGUUUUUGUGUUCGAAUGUGGUUGAUGUUGUGCAAUGUGAGAAGAAGGUUGGCGGCGAAAGGACUAUUUCGACGCAGAGUAUUGCGGCGAGGGAGAGGAGGAGAAAGAUAACUGAGAAGACGCAAGAGCUUGGGAAGUUGGUUCCUGGUGGACCUAAGAUGAAUACUGCUGAGAUGCUUAGUGCUGCUGCUAAUUAUGUUAGGUUUCUUCAAGCUCAAGUUGGAAUGCUUCAAGUUAUGGAAACUUUUAGCAAGGAAGAAAAGGAACCUCCUCCUCCUCCAAGUGAAGAUCUACACAAGCUAGUUGUUUCUCCUUUUGUUCAAGAGAAGUUGUAUUCGGAAGAAAAGUGCUUUAUUUCAAAAGGGAUUAUCACCACAUUGGCCAACAAUGUUGAGGUUAGGUCAAAACCUUCAAUCCUUCAAGGUCUUAAGCAACUUGUUGGAGCAGAGAUUGAUGAUGAGGAUGAGAAGAAACCAAAACAAGAAUAA